AUGAGAUAUGAAGCUGCAAUUGAUGCCCAGAGACACACUCAAGGUCAGAAUGACAAUGAUUCAAAGCACAAAUACCCUGAGUGCAAGACACCAUUAGGGAUAGAAAAGUAUGCCUCAAACAUAUACACUAUUUAUGUUUUUUAUGAAUUCCAAUAUGAGGUUGAAAUGACUUGUUUUUCUUGUGGUUGUGAAGAGUUUAAGAGAGAAAAUGGAUUGGAAAUUGCAAAAUAUAUUCUAAAUAGAUGGACUACUAUGGCAACGAAAAGGCCAAUUUUUGACCUAGGAGGAAAUCUGUUGGAACAAUGUGCCAAUAUAAUCGACAAGAAAAAGUUGUUGAAUGAGUUGUGGUCAGAGAUACAUAAUUGUGUUAGUUUGGGAGAGGGCAACGAUGAAGAUAUCAAAGACCUUGUGAUUAAUCUUCAAGGAUUGAGGCUUGAUUUGGAAGCUAAGAGGAGUGCAAGAAGUGAUGUUGAAAAGAAUGCUACUAACAAAGAAAAAGACAUAGAACUAUUAAUUGGAGCUAGUGUUCUAACUAAAAUAUCUAUCAAACCUCCAAAAAUUUCGAAAAACAAAGGCAUUGGAGUUCAUGUGUCAAAUGUACAUACUUCAAAUGUUGAAACAAGAUCUGUAGAGACUUCAAAUGUUGAAACAAGAUCUGAAAGUGGAAAAAGGCUAAAGGGGGACAAAGAAAAGGCAGUAGAACAUAACCAGAAAAAGAAGAGGUUAUGCAAAGGACCAUUUGAGUACAACACAGAUGCUGACAGCAUAGAUGAUGAAACUGAGGGGGACAACAGUGAAGAGGAACAACAGGCAGAGGCAUAG